AUGUCCACGUCUACGUCCACGUCCUCGCACUCCGGCUCAACCCUAUCAGAACCCGACAUCUACUGGGCAGCAACGCGAACCCGCACUUCCUCCACCGUUGUUGUACCCACAACACACCACAAUGCCACUUCCACAGUAGCCUUCACCCCAGCCUUCACCCCAGCCUCGAUCACCGGCGCACCCACGCCCACGGCCUCCACCGCCGCGAGCACCUCCGAAGUCCAACAGCGCCUUCCCAGCGCGGCGAUCGCGGGUGUAGCGGUGGGCACAUCGGUCAUCGUCAUCCUCCUCGCACUGCUAGCGGCGUUCCUAUUUAUCCGCCGGCGACGAAGGAAGCAGGUGCUGUACAACCGCAACCUGUUGCGGAGUAGCAUUGCCGUAUGCCUUCCUCUGGGGGAUAGCGGCGGCGGGGGGAAGUAUACUGCCGCGGCGACGAACACGGAAAAAGACCAGCCGCGCGAUCUCAACCACUCCUUCCCCAUGCCGCCGCGGGGCGUGCGGCCAACGCCCCGGCGGAGCAACAGCAUGCCCGCGGUCGGCCGGUCCGGGACAGGUGGUAUCGACCAACGCACCGCACCGCUGGCGCCCCUCGCGCCGCCUUCGCGGCCCGCGCCCCGUCUGGGCACGCCACAGGGUAGCGGGCGGCGCGGGAGCCACCUCCCACAGCUAUAUGUGUCAGCGUCGCCGUCGCUGCCGGGCGCGCGCUACCCGCCGCCGCAGUACCCGCCCCCGGAGACGCCCACCAUCCCGUCGCGCGUGUGCAGUCUGCAGUCGCAGACGCGGCCCGCCGUGUCGGUGCGCAGGCCGAGCACGCGCAGCUCGAAGAGUCACACCCUGGUGCGCUCGCAGUCCCGCUCGUCGGUCGCGAGCAGCGCCGGCGUCGUCGUCGGCCCCAUGGUCACAUUUGUCCCUGGUGCUGGGAGGCACUCGCUGCCCGACGGGAUUGUCCCGGCGAUGACGUUGACGCCGCGGACGAGCGCGAGCAGCCUCAUUGCCCACCAUGGGAAGGUCAUUGUCGGUGCGGCGAGUAGUGUCGAGCCGCUGGCGUCGGCGCCGUCGUUUCAGGAUAUUAAGGAGGAGGAGACGCCGGUGUAUACGCGGCAGUCGGCGGCGAGGAAUUCCGAUGGUGGAGUGAAGUUGCCGAAGACGUACUCGCCGUAUCCGGCACCGGCGGCAGUUCAGUCGCGGGAUGGGCUCGCCAACACGCCGCUGCCACUCGAGUACAACAAGGCGCGGCCUAGAGAUAAUGGCUCUCGCAGCAGCUCACCGCUACUGACCGACCGCAACAAAGCGCGAGCCAGCGAUGUCCGCAGCAUUCCAUCACCGCUGCUCGAGAACAACAACAAAAGGAGCCGAUCACUCGGUGCAUGGACUAAUCUACCACUGCCACCACCGCCGCCACCGCAGAACGACGACCAAGGAGACCGGCCAGUGCUGGAGCGGCUCUCGUGGGACGACGAUCCCAUGCCGCUGGGUCUUCAGAUCCGACGGGAGAGCUCCGCGUCCGUCCAGCCGGUGCCGGCUAGCAAACUGCCGGUCCGCAGUGUGGCGAGCUAUGGUUCGCUGCAUGAGCAGGCUUCGCAGACGUUUCAUACAAUCUCCUCGAGAGCCGGGUCUAGUGCUGCGUUGAUCGAGGAUGCGGCAAAGGAGGAGGCGACGCCUGACAAUAGUGGAGCCAAGAUAUCUCGUACAUUGCCGGGAAGCUGGUGGCGCGGUACGUUGUAG